AGUAUGGACGACAUUAAAGCUAAUCGCAGGAGAGACGAUUCACCCAAGCCGUUUGUUUAUGCGCCUUCACAAUCUUGGGACGGGAAUGAUGGGCGCUGGUCGACUUUUAUUGUGCGCGUGGGGAGUCCCGAGCAAAACUUCCGUGUCGUGCCUUCGACCUCAGGGCAUGAGACAUUUAUACCGGUACCAGAAGGAUGUAUCGAAUCAGAUCCGACCGACUGUGGGAGUUUAAGAGGUGCUAUGCCAUUCAACGGCAAGGAAAGCAGUGGAUUCCUCACAAAUGCCUCGUCGACGUGGAAACCUGUUGGGUUAUACACGUUAAACCUAGGUGAUAGAUUGGGGAUCCAGGAAAACGGACUGUUUGGGCUCGACAACGUGGGUCUAAUGCUUCAGAACUCCGGAGGGGUUGAACUGAGCGAUCAAGUGGUUGCUGGCAUCGCAACCAAAGAUUUUUACCUGGGACUAUUCGGCCUCGGAGUCAAGCCCUCCAAUUUCACAGACUUUGAGAAUCCCCAACCAGCUUUCAUGCGGACUCUCAAAGACCAAAAUAAGAUCCCCAGUCUCUCAUUCGCAUACACAGCUGGCGCAGCAUAUCGGAUACCACAACUACCCGGUAGUCUCACGUUAGGUGGUUACGACGCUUCUCGUUUUACACCCAACGACCAGACCUUCUCUUUCAGCACAGACGACUCCCGCGUACUCAGUGUCGGACUCCAGCGCAUUACAGCCUUGAACACAUUACUUGGAUCGCGGAGUCUUCUCACUUCCUCAACACUUACCUUGAUCGAUUCUACUGUCCCCCAUAUCUGGCUUCCUAGAGAUGCAUGCGAUAAAUUUGCCGAGGCAUUCGGUCUUACGUACGAUCCCAACACCGAUCUGUAUCUGGUAAACGACACUAUGCAUGAUAAGCUGACCGAGCUACAACCUACAAUAACCUUCAAUCUGGGCAACGACAAUAACGUGGCGAAAGCAGUCACGAUUCAGAUGCCAUACGGUGCUUUCGAUCUACAAGCAUCGCAUCCCUACUACGAAAAUGCUACAAAUUAUUUCCCAAUACGCAGAGCGGCCAACGACACCCAGUACACUCUCGGUCGCACGUUUCUACAGGAAGCUUAUGUCAUCGCGGACUACGAACGUUCGAAUUUCUCAGUCUACCAGAGCAAAUUCGAAAGCAAGACCCCCGAACAACAGAUCAUCGCCAUCUCAACACCGUCCAAAGCCGGCAACCCAAACGAUAACAACAACACAGAAGGCGUUGCCUCUCAGCCAGACGAUUCCGGUUUGUCCACCGGCGCCAAAGCCGGCAUAGGUGCCGGAAUCGGCGUACUCGUCCUGGCUCUAUUAGCCCUCGCCUUCCUCUGGUACAGACGCCGCAAAUCCACCCAAAAGUCUGCCAAACAUGAACCACCCCCACAGGAAGUCCAGGGAGACAUACCGGGCGCCGAACUUCCCGUUCCUCGGGAGAAGUACGAAAUGGACCAGGGCGAUUUGCCCGGUUCUCGCGGCGGUGCCGAGUUGGAUUCAAAACCCUCCAGGCUCCUCUUAUCCGAUGACGCCUCCAAGUACCCGUUCCGUAACCAAGCCGAGCUUCCCGCCGGCCCACUCCGCUACGAGAUGGAUGCUGAUCAUGGGAAAGGCGGGAAGGCUGCUACGCGGGGCGAUGUCAUACAUGAGAUGGAUGGUAGCAAUUUUGUUGUACAGGAGAGUCGUGAUUUUAAGCAGAUAUGAAAUACCCCCUUGUAGGCUCUGUGAGCUCCUUUCGUUUUAUCCUUUAGUUAUCUUUUUUUCUUUUUUCACGUCAACGUCAAUAAGGAAAUCGCUUUUGUUUUGUUUGGGCAUAGAUGCAUUGACUGCACGGGAGAAACGCUACUUUGCCUGAGCCUGUGAUUAUAACUUCUGACGUUUGGAAGCGUUGGUGUUUGUAGUGUAAUGCGGCUAGAGAAUGUGUUGAAGAUUGACAUGAACUACUUAUGUUGUUAAUGUUUUCCGGGCUAUCUUACUGGAGCGCCUAAAUCCAUAUCAUCGAACAAGCGUUCGCCGGAAGCUCUAGUGUUACUAUGAUUUUGUGAGCUUGAAAUUUCGCAACCGUCCUCAGUUGGAUCCUGACAGACCUAAAGCCUAUUAUAACAACUCACAUUCGCUGAGCUAAGCGAUAGAGAGGUGCAUUACUUUUGCAGCCUCUCGAAGACACAAUGCUGCGACGGCUUUGUCGUGUUUGUUAUGUUGGGCGUGUGCAAAAGCUUCUAACCCAGCAUGUGUAAGCAUAUUGACAUCUGCCUCGUAGUCGCGCUCAUACCAGAAUCCUCUUUUGGAUCUUACGUCGUAGGAUUGCACGUCAUAUU